UUCAAGUUGUCAAAAAGCGGAUCAGUUCUGCUCUGCUUUAAAAGAGAGCCCCCCCCACCACAACCUUGUUCAACCUGUAAAUAUUUCUUUACUCCGCGAAACCACCUCAAUCAAAACCUGCACUUUUUGAAUAAGCACAUCGAUAAUUUUCAAAUCCUCCACAAUGAGCUGGGAAAAGACUAUCCUCAAAAACGGCAAUGGCGUCGACAUGCCUGCUGUGGGAGCCAAUGUUAAGAUCGACUAUACUGGCUGGCUGAGAAACCCCAGCAACCCAGACCACCAGAAGGGCACGGAAUUCGACUCUUCCAAGGGGCGCGGUGCAUUGGCGACUCCGAUCGGUAAAGGCCGGGUUAUCAAGGGCUGGGACGAGGGUGUGUUGUCCAUGUCGCUCGGCGAAGAGGCCAUUUUGACUAUCGAUUCGACCUAUGCCUAUGGAACACAGGGCUUCCCCGGCGUCAUCCCGCCCAACUCGGACCUGAUCUUCCAGGUUAAACUGAUCGAGAUCAACGGCAAGAAAGCCUAAAUGAAAUCGGCCCGACAUCACCUUACCUUAAGGCCAUGGAACAUCGCUCGAUCCAAAAAGAAAAAGUACAACAAACCGAACCAAAACCAAACAAAAACAACAAAAAAGGGACCUGCUAGUCUUUAAUUUCCGGCUACAGCUACCCCUUUUGUAUACAACCUGAUAUUAUCUUUUCUGCGUAGAAUGUGAUGAACGCAAGAUUUUCAGAAUGUCCCCAGAAAUCUAAAUCUAUUCAACUUUUUACUUUUCUAUUCUUUAUAUAUCAACUGGA